AUGCACUCAUCAUCUGAGAGCUCGGAUCUCCACUCGCCCGGCGCGUACGACGCGCACUCGCUGCAGCAGCAACAACAACAGCAGCAGCAGUAUAAUGCGCCGGCCCAACAUACGCAGCAGUCGCAUCUUGCUUCAGAUAACAACAGCGCCGCGUACCUUCACGCACGGCGGCCACUCUACAACGACACUCGGCUAUCUACGCUCGAGCGCUACCCUCCUCUGGAUGCUACUGAGGCUUUACGCCCUCAAAGUGGUCAUCGAUCCUCUCAUUCGAGCAUGGGCUCCGCACAUUAUGACUCUCCUCCGUACUAUUACUCCGAUACCCCGGCUACGACUUCUAGUCUGCAGCAACCACACUCUGCCGAUCUAUACGAUUACUCGCAUGGGCAGCAGCCUAUGCACCCAUCUCAAUCUCAGCCUCCCAGCCUCUCUUCGCUUUCGACCUCUGCAAAUUUCGACUUCUCGUCAUCCAUGCGCUAUCCCCAGCUCCUUCCGCCACCCUCGGGCGUGCAGAGUCGUCACCGACCUUACGGCGCCCAGCAACAAGCCUCCGCUCUCCCGCCGAUGCCGCCUCCGCUUGCCGCCGGCGGGCCGGACUCCCCGCCACAGCUCAGAUCUGUCUCCUUGGGCAAGCAGCAAGGCUCGUCGCCACUGGGAGGAGACGAUUCGCGCGGCUCCGACGCUAUAUCCCCGAUUUCUCCCGUUUCCCCUUCACGACCCUCGGGGUCAGGCUCGCAGCGCGCGACUGGCCGCGGAUCGCGCAAGGAGAUCUCGAACAUCGUCAUCGCUUGUCGUCAAUGUCGUGCGCGAAAAAUCAAGUGCGAUUCAACGCGGCCCGAAUGCAACAACUGCCUCCGGCGCAACAAUCCGUGCGAGUACGACGCCCAGCCCAAGCGGCGCGGCCCCGACAAGCGCCCGGGCACACGACAGCGGUCGUGCAGGAAGCGUAUGCAGCCUCCACCUGACGCCAACGACACCGAGGCCUCGUCGGCUGUGCCACCCCCGCCGAAGAAGAGGCGCAGAACAGAAUCCGAGGUCAAGGCUAAAGUCGAAGAGGCUGAGCAAGACCUCGAUCUCCACACCCCCCAGCUGUCACUACCUUUGCCAUCUCUUUCGUUACCGCCUUCAUAUCGCCCCGGGGCCAACACGAACGAUCUGUACCUUCAGAGGAGGCCCCAGCACCCCCCGUUGGCUCCUCAGGCUCCGAUGGAUACCACCAACCCAGCUUUCGUCCCCUUUAUUGAUGCGCCUCAGAAUGCUCGUCCAACUAUACCCCUCACCACACACGAAGUGUGGUGGUUAGAGCUGCUCGACACCUAUGAUAGCAAACCUGAGCUUGCCAUUGAAGCUAUUGCCUCCGACUUGAAUACCCUCGUUCGAUCCUCCAGCUAUUGGUUAUCGUUUCUGGACCCUUCUGCUGUUCUCCGUAAUCCCCACCGUCCCUUAGUUCUUUCCGCGUGCGCCCUUGCUACCCUCGUCAUGAGUUCGGAGUCAGAGCGUGGUCAGGAUGGGCGGGACAAGGCCCUGCUCCUUCGUGACCAGGCGCAAAGUGCCCUUGAAGCCGCUCGUGACGCUAGGCAAAUCGAUCUUCAAUUGGCUGAGGCCGCUAUGUGCCUGGCUCUAUUCGAGAUGUCAGCUCAUCCUCUCCACCUUCCGUAUCGCGCAGAGCAGGCUGUUCAGACGCUCGAUACUCUUUUGGCCGCCCUUCGACUCCCCGCUCUUGACGCCGCACACCCUGACCGCUCUCUACGCACUGACACUGGAAUUCCCAUCAUCGCUCGCCCGCCUGGCUAUUCGUAUCCGCAAACUUGUUCCUGUACACCUAAGACCGAGACCGCUGUCGAUCUUGACGGCUUUCCCGCUGAAGCUCCCUGUGCACCACCACAUGACGACAACGAUGAGGCGCGCAGGCUGGUUUGGGUGGCCUUGAUGCUCGCCACUCACCAUAGCGUUGGCUGUGCUCUCAGCGAUCGCGAGCCCCUCGAAUUACGACUCUUCGAGGUCGAGCGUUUUCAGCUGCUGUUACCCGCUGAGCGCGUUGCCGGGGCGGAUAACGUUGCUGCACUUUAUUGCCGCGCGAUGUUGCUCUGGAACAGCACUAUGAUCCUGCGGAGUGCUGGUUCCGAGCUUGUACAACGCGCGGUGAUCAUGAUGCAGGAGACGCACGAGCUCGAGGACCUGCUCGACGCGCACCAAUGCGACGGCAAGCACGCGUUGUUACUUUACAUGGCGAAGGAGCUCGUCGCGAACAUACGCCUGGCGACCACGAUGUUCACGCGAAGGAUCACCGCGGACGUCACGCCCGUUCAGCCGGCUUUGGACUCCCAGUUGGCCGAAGACUGGCUCUACUAUCAAGAACAAGUGGCUGCGCGUGUUGCUGCCUCGUUACCUCAAGCGGGCACGUCGCCGGGCCAUCUUUUCCGCCGCCGGCCCUUCCUCACACAGUGGUUUUUGGCGCACGCUACGACAUGCAUGGACCUCUGGCAGCGCGAUGCUUUCCUCCUUCGUGCGCUAGAACUCGCCAAGACGCUCAUCGCGGCGCUAGACGUGCUCAACACGCUCUGGCCGUGCGUCGAGUUCAAGCAUCAGGCGUCCGCGCUCCGUGGGCGCCUAGUUGACGCGUGUCGCCGUUCGGGCAUCAUGCCGCCCUCGCCUCAGCCUCCAGAGCUCUCGACACAGAUAGCAGGUCUUUGA